AUGUUUAGCAGCUGUACUCGAAACCAAACCACUACACUGCUUUUGACUGUUCGAAAAAGUGUAACAACUGCAGUUGUGGCUGAAGCACCAUCUGCAUUAUCAUCACCACUACUGCAAUUACAAUUACAAUUACAAUCACGGUUACAACCACCGGCAGGAGCAGCUACUAAUACUAAUAAUUCUACUAUUUUGUUUGUUAGACGACUCCAUGUACAACUGCCCAUUCAUGUGAACUAUUUGCAUUUAAACCUAAAAAACUUGAACCAAUACUCAGUGCGUCAUUUAAGUUUGGGGAAUCUACACCGUAAAUUUGUUCUGGCGCUCGAAGAGUAUCAUAAGAUUGAUAAUGUUUUUGCCAUGAAUAGCCAUGCACCUAUAGAGGUGAAAGUUGCCCAAGUUAUAAAGUCUAUUGAGAACGAGCCUACCUUGUUAUACCAGCUUCAUUUCCUUUUUUAUGAGUUGAGUCGAUUGGGUAUAACCCACGACCAUGUUGAACAGCGUCGGCGUACAUGGAAAUACUGGCCAUUGAUGUUGUUUAAUGUGAUCCCCUUGAAUUCUGCAUUCUGGAAAGAAAUGUAUUGGUUAGAGUAUGCACAUCGAACGCAUCACUUGAAUCCAUGGAAACUUUACGAUUUAGGGUUAUUGGACCCAAAGAAUUUCCCCAAAGACUUUAUUGAACAGUUGAAAAGCGGGAGUUAUAAUGGGCAUAAUAUUAAGGAUCAAACUUUAUUUGCCAUGUCUAGACCGAAAUUUGACCCUGAGUUGGAAAGUAAAGAAACAGUAAAGAGGGAAGAGAAGGAGGAGAUUAUCAACAACAAAAAUUGA